CCAAAUCGCAUAAAACAUAUUCUCUAUAGUAGCUAUCACGGUACCGGUAGACACUGUUGUGGCGCCUCUGUAAAGAAUCACUACUGUAUUCCCUUUUGAUUUUUUUUUUUUGGCUCCGCCCCUGUCGCUUUGGCAGGGUCUCGGUGAUAAAGUUUAACCUGGCAUUUUAAGAAGUUUACAGCUAGGAGCAACACGAUGGGAGUCCUACCGCUCUGCUGAAAAGCAGAAGAGAAUUGUCAAGCUUUAAGGAUUUCACCACUCAGGUUACAAACUACCAGAAGACAGGAGGGAUGGUUAGAGAACAAAACCAUUGGGGUCAAAAUAAUCUGGUUUCAGAUAGUGCCGACUGAAGCACCUGGAAAAGCACUUUCAACCGGCCAAAUGUUGACUAUAGGCCACAGAUUCCAGACCCUCAAUAAAGCAUGAGAUUGAGCGAGACGGAAUGAAAAUUAACAACCUUGUAAAACAUGGAAACAAAGUAUCCCUUUUUUAAAAAUACCUCAAGGACCCCCCCUGCACCCCCUGGCUACUUUUCUGCUCUCCCGUUUGAGGCUGUGAGAGCCGCCUGUGACAUGGCAGUGCGAUCCUGGCUGUGGGCUCUGCUGCGAGGCCGCAAGACUCAGCUCCUUCUGGUCAACAUGCUGACCUGCGGCCUGGAGAUCUGCAUGGCCACCGGGACCAGCUGCGCGGCCCCCCUGCUUCUGGAGGCUGGGAUAGAGGAGCAGUUCAUGUCCAUGGUCCUGGGUGUGGGGCCAGUCCUUGGCUUGCUGUUUGUCCCGAUGAUCAGCUCGGCCAGUGACCGCUGGACCGGGCACUAUGGCCGGAGACGCCCCUUCAUCUGGUUGCUGUGCCUGGGGGUCCUGCUGAGCCUGAUUCUUAUCCCCCAUGCCUCGCUGCUGGCGGGCUGGCUGUCCGUGCAGAGCAAAGGGCUGGAGGUGGCUCUGCUGAUCACUGGGAUCUGCUUGCUGGAGUUCUGCGGGCUGGUGUGCUUCACCCUUCUGGAGGCCCUGGUGUCAGACCUGUUCCAGGACGAGGAGGGGUGCCGGCAAGCCUUCGCCAUGCACUCCCUGAUGAUCAGCCUGGGCGGCUGCAUCGGCUACCUCCUCCCAGCCGUCGACUGGAAAAGCAUCCCCCUGGUGCCUUCCCUGGGCGGGCAGGAGACCUUCAUCUUUGUCCUGCUCACCCUCAUCCUCUUGUUCUGUGUGCUGGGCACAGCCUUUGUCUCCGAGGAGGUCUUCAAGAGCAGAGGGGAGUUUUCAGUGGUGGAGUCCCGUUUUAAGUGCCGGUGCCCCUGCCCGCUGUCUUUCCGCCCGCGCCAUCUGCUCUCUGCCCUGCGUAGCUGCUGUGCCCUCUUGCCCAGGCUGCGGCAGCUGUGCCACCGCGUGCCCAGGGUGAUCCGGCAGCUGUUUGUGGCGGAGCUGUGCAGCUGGAUGGCUCUCAUGACCUUCAUUCUGUUCUACACAGACUUCGUCGGAGAGGGUCUGUACAAGGGGGUGCCCAACGCUAAGCCGGGCAGCGCCGAGAGGCUGAGAUACGAUGAAGGGGUGCGGAUGGGCAGCCUGGGCCUCUUCCUGCAGUGUGCAACCUCGGCGAUGUUCUCUCUUUUCCUGGGCCGGCUGGUGAAGAAGCUGGGCCCCCGGGCCGUCUAUUUGAGCAGCGUGGCCUUCCUCGCCUUCGCCACUCUGGUCAUGUCCCUGUCGCACAGCCUGGUCCUCAUCACAGCCAUGGCGGGCAUGACUGGCUACACCUUCUGCACCCUGCAGAUCCUGCCUUACACACUCGCUUCGCUCUACCACAGCGAGCACCAGGUGUUUUUUUCCCAGCACAACACAAGAGGAGCCACUGCUAAAGAAGAAGGCGGACUGACUCACAAGACUCCCUACAUCAACGGGCACCCGGGGGGCAUGCCUGGACUUGGACUGCCACUCCCUGCCUCCCCGCUAGCUCUCCAUGUGCCUGUGUGCGGCGAUGGCACGGCACCCCCUGCUGGUCGGGGGAUUUGCCUGGACUUGGCCAUCCUGGACAGCGCGUUCAUGCUUUCCCAGGUGGUGCCCUCCCUCUUCAUGGGCUCCAUCGUUCACUUCAGUCAGUGCGUGGCUGCCUACAUGGGCUGUGCCUCUGCCAUAGGGCUGGUGGCCAUCUACGUCUCCACCAAAGUGGUCUUUGAGAAAAGUGACCUGUGCCGUAGCCCUGACCCGGCCCCUCUGAUAAUGCCCUGAUGAAACUGAUUUGCACACAACACACUGGAGGCGACGCCUGUGCUGCUCUUCAGUUGAGUGCCUUGGGAUUUUUAUUGUGCACAGGACCAGCCUUGGUUUGGCACAAGUGCCAUGCUGGGAUGUUGCAGUUCAAAGAGAAUCAAGUCUCCUACUGAGCCAGCAACACCUCUCCGUAUACUCGCUCUACAGCACUAGGCGUUCUGUGAUCUAAUGACAGGACAAAGUCAAGUUGCCAAGACAUUUAUACAUGUCAAAGACUUUUUUUUUUAAAGAUGUUCAAGUGCCUUUAAAACAACGUAUCUACCUGAUACCAUGGCUGCCUCUUACCACAGGUGCUUGCAGGUGGAUGUUAGUUACAAUAUAUCAAAUAAAUGGAUGUAUGUUUCUAAAGUGGGUGAGGGGAGGUAUCACUGAAAGACACUCUGCCCUGAAUGCAAGACCCAAUGGUCAUAUACACUGAAGAACACACAUGCCAGUAAAUAUAUUCAACGUGCUCGGUCUGCAAGACCACACGCAAGCCUUUCAACAAGGCUAGUUAGUAUUACUCAAUGCACUGGAACAGACAGCUGAAAGCGUACAAGAUGUCAACACUUAGGGAUGUUUGCCCAUGCAAAGUACAUCCUGCAACAUUCUUCUGAGUGGUUUACAGUGUCUAAUACCCUGUCCACUCUCCCCAAAUAGCACACUUGAUGGAUGCUUAUGUAGGUAGCUUGAAGUGGGGGACCAUGCAAUUAAAACAUAUAUAGUGUGUUAUUUCUAUCAAUUCAAAUUGAGAUGCCAGUGCACUUAUAGAUGGCAUUGCA